CGUUGAUAUAAAUAAGUUGGGCAGUACACACUUUCUUAUUCACCAUUACACUAUCCUUCUUACCCUACACACAAGAUUAUCAUUCAUUCAUCGAAAGCUAUGGCUAUGAAGCUCGAAAAUGGCUUCCAUACUGAAACCAACCAAAAGGUCGAAAAUGGUUUCCGUACUGAAACCAACCCGAAGGUCACAACAACAAUAGCAGCAUCCCACAGCCCUACGGUUAAGCCACUAGCCAAUGGUAUAGCAGCUGCUGACAAGCUUCGUAGCCAAUCUCGCAGCAAUAAUCAUAAUAAUGGCGCGGUCACAAUCCCAACGCCCACAACUACCCCGUCCACGCUUGGCCACUACCUAGCCCGUCGCCUAGUCCAAAUCGGUAUCUCCGAUAUCUUUUCCGUUCCGGGAGACUCUAAUUUGGUGAUGUUUGAUUACUUUGUGGCAGAAAAAGGGUUGAACCUUGUGGGGUGUUGUAAUGAGCUUAAUGCUGGCUAUGCGGCGGAUGGGUAUGCUAGGCGCCGUGGUGUUGGAGCGUGUGCUGUAACCUUCACGGUUGGUAGUCUUAGUCUCAUCAAUGCUAUUGCCGGUGCCUACUCUGAAGAUCUUCCUGUGAUUUGCAUUGUGGGUGGACCAAACUCUAAUGAUUAUGGGAGCAAGAAGAUUCUCCAUCAUACCAUUGGAUUGCCGGAUUUCGGUCAAGAACUUCGAUGCUUUCAAAAUGUCACUUGUUAUCAGGCCAUUAUUGACAACUUGGAAGAUGCACAGUGGAAAAUAGACACAGCAAUUUCAAAAUGCCUAGAAGAAGGCAAACCAAUUUAUAUCAGCAUUUGUUGCAAUUUGGUGGCCAUUCCUCAUCCUUCUUUCUCUGCCCAACCACUCAUCCCACUCUCACUCUCUCCCAAGCAAAGUAACCAAAUGGCUUUAGAGGCAGCAGUAGAAAAAGCAGCUCAACUACUAAACACAGCCAUAAAACCCGUCAUGAUCGGAGGCAAGAAACUCCGACCAACCAAAUCACAAGAACCAUUCAUCGAACUAGCCAACGCUUGUGGCUACCCCGUCGCCGUCACGCCGUCCGCAAAAGGCAUGUUCCCAGAGAACCACCCACAUUUCAUCGGAAUUUACUGGGGAACAGUCAGCUCUGCUUUUUGCGGCGAGACGGUAGAAAUAGCGGACGCCUCAAUCUUCGUGGGAGCCACUUUAGACGAGCUAGAAACCGUUGCCUUCACACUUACCUACAAAAAGAACAAAGCGAUUAUGGUAGAAGCCGAUCGCGUUGUGUUUCCAAAUGGGCCGAGUUUCGGGCCAAUAUUAAUGAAGGAUUUUCUUUGGGCUUUAGCAAAACGGUUGAAGCCCAAUUCAACGGCUUACGAGAAUUAUCGCCGGAUUUAUAUAGCGGAGUCGGGUCCACUAGAAUCGGGUCCGGGUGAAGCGUUACGGGUCAAUAUUCUGUUCAAACAUAUCCAGAAAAUGCUAUCGAGUAAUAUGGUUGUGAUAUCGGAGGCGGGUGAUUCUUGGUUCCAUUGUCAAAGACUAAAACUACCAAAAUCAUGCGGGUAUGAGGUACAACUGCUUUAUGCAUCUAUAGGAUGGUCUUUGGGUGCUACUCUUGGAUAUGCACAAGCUGCACCGGAAGAGCGAGUGGUUCUUUGUAUUGGUGAUGGCAGCUUUCAGAUGACUCCACAAGAUGUGUCUACAAUGAUAACAUUGAAGCAAAACAAUAUAAUAUUUUUGAUAAAUAACGGUGGAUACACAAUUGAAGUAGAAAUUCAUGAUGGCCCUUACAAUGUUAUCAAGAAUUGGGAUUACACUGCUAUUGUUAAAGCUAUGCACAAUCAUGAUGGCUAUUGUUGGACCACCAAGGUUCAUACCGAGGAAGAGUUGAUGAAUGCAAUUGAAAUAGUAUUGGAAGAAAGAAAAGAUUAUUUAUGCUUCAUAGAGGUUAUUGUUCAUAGAGAUGAUACUAGUAGAGAGUUACUAGAAUUUGGAAGCAAGUUUGCUGCUGUUAGUAGUCGUCCCCCAAGACCCCUAUGAAAUAAAGAAUUAAAAUAAUAAUAAUAAAAAAAAUUGGUUCAUAUAGUUUGGAGAGAAUGUUAUAAUUUCAUCUUUACAAUUUGAAAA